UGUUGUUGUUGUUGUUCCUGCCCCGCCCCUCGCCCCCUCCCCCCGCGGAGGGUGACGGGCGCUUCCUUGCGCGGAGCCGCCGCCGCCUCAGCCACCGCUGCUGCCGCUUCGUCGCGGCUCCGCCGCCACCCGCGCCGGUAUUGGGGCGUCCCUGCCGGCCCUCUCCCGCCGGCCUCCGCGGCCGGCCUCGUCGCGUCGUCCCCGCUGCUCUCUCCCACCGGACGCGCGGGCCCGGCCAUGGCGGACUUUGACGAGAUCUACGAGGAGGAGGAGGACGAGGAGCGGGCGCUGGAGGAGCAGCUCCUCAAGUACUCCCCCGACCCGGUGGUGGUGCGCGGCUCCGGCCAUGUCACCGUGUUUGGACUAAGCAACAAGUUUGAAGCAGAAUUUCCUUCAUCUUUAACUGGAAAGGUUGCACCUGAAGAAUUUAAAGCCAGCAUCAGCAGAGUUAACAGUUGUCUUAAGAAGAACCUUCCAGUUAAUGUACGAUGGCUCCUAUGUGGCUGCCUUUGCUGCUGCUGCACUUUAGGUUGUAGUAUGUGGCCAGUUAUCUGCCUCAGUAAAAGAACACGAAGAUCGAUUGAGAAGUUAUUAGAAUGGGAAAACAAUAGGUUAUACCACAAGCUGUGCUUGCAUUGGAGACUAAGCAAAAGGAAAUGUGAAACGAAUAACAUGAUGGAAUAUGUCAUCCUUAUAGAAUUUUUACCAAAGACACCGAUUUUUCGACCAGAUUAGCAUUUGAUUUAUUUAUAGAGACUUAUUAAAGUAUGUUGUCUUUCCAAUGGUGCCUUGCUUGGUGCUCUCCUGGUGGUGACAUAGCAUUGGUUCUACAGAAUCUUGUGGUGUUUUUCGUUAUUUUUUGGUUUGUUUCAUUUUUGUUUGUGUGUUGUUUGUUUUUUUUUUUUGUUCUUUCCCCCUCCCCCCCCCCCCCCUUUUUUUCUUUUUAAUAAGAGCGUGUCAAAGUGCAUUUGGUCAAACUUGGCAAAGUCAUUUCAUGCAAAUGUUAACUACUACUUAAGUUAUUGUUAUCUUACUAUUUCUGUUUAUUAACGUAUCUUAAUUUUCUAAGAGUCUUUUAUAUGUGUGUGCGCAUAUGUGUACAUAUAUAUUACUAUAAAUACACAGCUGAAAAUGGUGUACAAGUGAGCAGGUAUUUUUUUAUCCCCAAAUGACACAACUAAUUGACUGUACAUUGUUUAAGUCCUUUUAAUCAUUUGUUUACAUGCUGAAGUACCUUCGAAGAUCUUCCUAAACUUUUGUCAGCGACUAGUCAGCUGUAAAUAUUUUUAUUUCUUUUUAGGAUAUUGGCUAGCCUCUUCCAGCAAAAGCAGGAGAUAAAGUUCUUUUUGAAACCCAAAUGUCACUGCAUUAGUAGAAAUCUGUGUUUUUCAUGAAGAAGCCCUGUCAGCUGGUUCUGAAAAAGUCCUAAUUUAAAGGUUAAAAGAUAAAAAGCAGCAAAGUAGAAUUAUAUUACUUAGACUAGGAGAAUCACUGAGAGAAUUGCAUGCAUCUGGUUAGUAGGAUUAAAAAUCACAAAAAUAUAUUAGUAUUACAGUUUAUAAUGUAGCUGUUUUAAUUCAGGCUAAUGCCACCUAUCAGCUUUAUUCCUAUUGUUUACAAGAUCCUGUACACAGGGGUGCAGAAGGACUUGUUUUAUUAAAAACUAUUGUGCAAGAGGACCUUUCGGGGUGGGUUUGUUUUUUGUUGUUUUGAAGCCACAUAAACAGAAAAAAGUGAUUGAAGAAAUUGUGAGCAGUACAGCUCCAGAGACAAAUGCAGCAUACACUGGGCAACAGUGUAAGUUUAAGUGUGUUAGGUAACUAUUUAUUGCACCCUUGUUUCUGCUCAUUUUGGUUUACAAAGCUUAUUUUCUGCACAAGUAUAAGACUUUUUUUUCACUGGAUAUGUGGUGUAUGCAUGGGUCAGGCCAGUUCUAUUUAGUUUCUUCUACUUGUAUCUUAGUUGUACAUAUCUUAACACAUUAUAGUUUUUUAACUGCAACUCAAACAUUUUUAAGUUUGCAUUAGAUAUCUAAAAUUACUGUACAUGAACAAUAAUGUAAGUUAAGAAUAUGUUCCUUGUACAGUUGUGGUAGCAAGCAAUAAUGUGAAUAUAUGAAAAAACAGAUAUAUUCUGCUUAAUAUUUGUAUGAAUGAACAGAUGAUACCACUACAAGAAUAAUCUUCUCUUUUUAAUCUUUUAAAUACAAGUUUUAUUUCAAGGUAAUACAUUACAGGUACCCUGAUGCUGUGAACUAUUUUUCUAUGUCUACAAAAUAUUUAUUAUCUUUAAAAUAUUCUCUAGUGAGUAUUAUAUUCCUAAAUUGUUGACAGUGGGAGUGGUCUGGAAAGUGUUAAGUUUUCUUAAAUCUAAGCCCUCUGUAUCAGUUCCCAAAACUCAUCCUUUGCUCAGCUUUUGUCUGUGGAUUCCUGCUGUUUACGUUGAAAAUAGCUCAGCUCUGCUUUUCACACAAGCAUACAAGUGUGUUUUUUUGACUAGACGGAGAUAUGUUUUUAAAUUAACAAAUAUUGGUUUUGUGCUGCCUCAGUCUACUGUGUCCCACAGCCAUUUCUCUCCAAAGUAAGUGGUUAUAAUUUUUUAUAAAUCAACUUCGGCCUCUUCUUUACCACAAAUCUGGAUCUGCAGCGCUCCUCCGCUCACCCAGAAGCUUUAGCAGCAGCCAGUGCUGGGGGCAGCGGGGGUUGUGGAGGAUGGAGGUGCAGGGGAGAGGUUGCAAUUGAACUGGUGAUAAAUACUGAUGAACAGAAAUAUAUGUUGAUUUCUUCAAGUGUCAGUUUCCAAUAAAAUGACUAUUGACCCAUACAAGGCCUAGAUUUUAUUAUGAAAAUUUUCAGUUGACUGUGUAGAUAGGUUUGUGUCACGGAUGCAGUUUUCCACUGGUAGUUCAUUGGCGAGGAGGGGGAGAUUUGAUGUGACUUGUGAUACGUUCAUAGCAGCACUGCAUUCAGCGUGAGCUAUUCACUUUAGUUUACUACCCAGACUUUCCAGACUACAUUCUGUGACACAAAUACCUUGCCAGCAGCGUCGAAACCUACCUACAGUAAAGCUAAUUUGAGCAUGAUACGUGCUCAAACCAGAGCAGUGGAUAGAGUGUGGCUUGCCGGUUUACAAAGAGUAUCUUGUUAGUAAAGCUUCCACAUAAGCACUAGUGCUGUUUAAGAUCUUCUCUACUUUUAGGUGCAUCUGCAGUCAUGUGCCUGAUUAGCAGGCAUUUUGAUAUUUUAACUGUUUCUCUCUAAGAAUUCUAUUAUAGGGAUCCAAAGUAGAGCUCUGAGCAAAUAAAUAGUUAACUCUCUUGGUAAGGAGCCCAGACUAAUCACCCCUUAAAGCAUUUCUGAUAUCUUGUUGAAACAAUGUCUCUGACUUAAAAUGCAACCAGGAAACUUGAGAAACUGCAUAUACAUAUAUAUGUGUGUGUGUGUAUGUGUGUGUGUGUGUAUAUAUAUAUAUACACACACAUAUUUAUAUAUGUGAGUUUUGCUCAAAAGUGUUACUCUCUUGAUGAGGUAGUACAUUCACCUGGUAAGAAUGUUAUAAAACAUUUUCAUAUAAUCCCUUUCGAUUCAUUAAUUACAAUGAUAGAAAUUGAACAUGGCAGGAACUUUAAUCAACUGUUUAAUGCCUGCAGCAGUCUUCAGGAUUAUCCUUUGAUGUUGUUUCUAAAAUACUGAAUCUAUUUAUUUUGUACGCUAGUGAGAAGACAUAUAUUACCUUUUUUUUUUUUUUCGGUCCAGUUGGCAGAGGAUGAAGUUGCAACAGUUUGAGGUUUGAGCAGGCCAGAAGCUGUAGUUGGACCUCCAGGGCAUAGCCUACUCUUUGCUGAAAAAAGUAUUACAUUGUGCUAACUUGUUCAGCUUCUUGCAGCUCAGCAAUUUCUAAAAAUAACCUUUUCUAUUUCCAGUUUUCUUGAAUAGUAAGAGUUAGGUACCCACUUGAUAUUAAUAAUUUAACAAAUGAUACUAAUUAUGUCCGUUUUACCUUUAGCCUGAAAAACUAAUAGUAAAGGCAUCUAUGGCUCACUGUGAAAGCUAAUUAUUAUUAUUUUUAGUUAUAGUGGCCAUUAACUGGCCAAUAAAAAUUCCUUUCUUACUGAAAUACAACCAAAUUAAAUUAUUUUUAACCUUUUAGUGAUACGUAGAAAUAAGUAGAAAUAAGUCCUAAAGGAGAAAGGCUUUCUGUCUGACCAUACGUGAAGAAUUCUGCAGAGCUCAUCUGUUGUUAAAUAGCUAUGAUUUGAAGUUUUUGCUGAGUUGGGCAGACUACAGCAGAAAUUAAAAUGUGUAUGGAGAUAGUUUAUUAAAAAGACUACUACUGAGCUAUUACAAACAAAAAUUACUACUUUGUGUAACCAAUGUAUGCAAAUGCAAAAUUCCCCACAAUACUCAAAAUCAACUAGAUUGUAAAAACUUCUCACAGCACUUAAAUUAUAAUCUCUGAAUCAAUUUGUUAAAUGAUACAUUUUUGUGAAUCUCGAGGCCAUGGUGUUUAAACGUAAUACUCUGUCUCUGAGAUACAUGCUUACUUAAAAGUCAGUUUUCAUUUUUUUUCUCAGUGUCAUUAUUUAACCCUGAAGAUUGUAGGAAGAGCUUUAAAAUGCAGUCUGUAACAAGCCAGAAGGCAAAGAAAAAGAAGUUGUCCUUAUUCCCUUCCCUCCACCCCCACUCCAAAGUCUUAAUUUUAAAUUGGUCCCCUUGUCUUGGGAGCCGUAGCUUAUGGUUUUUGAGCAGCUGGCAACAAUGCAAAUCGUGCACCAAAAAACCCCAUUUGAAUUCUGAACAAUUUAAAGAGAUCACUUUAAUUGAAGAGGCAACAGACUUAUUAAGCAAAGAAAAUCCCUGGUUCUUUUUAAGUUCUCCCAGCACUGCUGUUGUGUAAUUAAAAGAAGGAUCAUGAUGACCCUACAUUAGGUCAAAAUCCAGAUGAUAUUGUGUAAAGGAAAUGUUCAAUUAGAGACGUCUCGGAGCCCCAAAUGUCUUGGAUUCACAGUAGUGACUUAUUAAGGGUAAGUGUCGCUGGCUAGUUUUGUAUCUGUGACUAAAAUCAUUUAUGUUGCUCUUCAGCAACCUUGCUUAUGAAGAGAAUGCAUUUUAGAAAUAAGAUCUAUAUUAAUCACCGCUAAUUUCCUGUAAUUUCUGUGCUGCUUCUCCCUAAAGCCACGUUGCAUUUUUAUUGCAAACAGCUAAAAAUGUAUGAUCGUUAUAAUGCCUUUAAUAGCCAUAUUGUAGGUAGAAAUAUUAACUUCUCAGGGACUAAUAGGAAAUACAGAAAUGGAGUUAAUGAGCUGAAUGCCUAACUGCAUGAAGGCUUACUUUGCAAACAGCACCCUAGAAAACUUCUGAUUGUAAUGUGCAUGACCAUUAUGAAUGUUACCAGUAUACAGCUAUGACAGCUCCCUUUACCCUGUUUUAUUAGUCUGCUGAAUGUCAAAGUAUGUUGUAUAAGGAUAAAUGAAGUUUGGUGGGGUUUUUUUGCUGAUUUGGAUGGAGUGAUUAGUUCUAAUGGUGCUACCUUCUUAAUUCCUGUGUCUAUUCUUUGUAAAGCUCUCUGCCGGCUGGGUGAAUCGAGUUACUGGUGUAAUUCUUAAGCAAGUGGAAAUGUUUCAAGGGGAGAAGUACUCUAGAAGCAAAAAAAUGCACUGCUGAAAACACCAUGCAUUUAUUCUUAAUUACUUACAGAUAUGCAUUUGGGUUGUUUUGUUGGUAACAGUAUUUUGCAGUUCAUUAGUUUUUGAACUUCAUCUUUUUGCAUGCUGACGUUUCAGUCAGCGUGGGCUGAAUUAGAGGCCAUUUUUUUUAAAAUGAAAAGAACCCUUGCAUGAAACUUCCUAUUUCGACACUUGUUCUGCUGGUGUGUGUAUCUCCACUACAUGACACCUGGGUAAUACAUAUUUUAUAAACUAGAUUGUAUUGUUUUCAUAGAAGAUGUCCUUUUAAAAGAUUAUUCUACUUUGUUUAGCUCAUUAAUAUUUCAUUAAGAUUUACCUUAUUGAAAAAAGAUUUGUAGAUGCUUGACUCCUCAGAACACAGCAGACCAUUAGGAAAGAUUUAGUGAGGGAAAAGAUGAAACAGGAAUUAGGAGAAACACCACCCAAAGAUUGAAUUUGGGAAUUAGGUUUGGAAUUUUCUGUUUGUGAUGGAAAGUAGUUUUGACCUGAAUGAAAUAGUAUCGAAUAAUUAAAUUAAAAGCUAGCAAUCCCUCUAAGUAAUUAUAUAGACUGUCUUCUCAGACACUUUUUUUAAUUUUAACAAGUGUGUUACUGGUUUAUUUUGAUUAUGCCCUAAUUGAUAGACAGUUCUGCUAUUAUGCAGAUUUUGAGGUAAGCUUCCUUCUAAACUCAGCAUCUCUUAGUUUAAAAUAUCCAGAUCAAACCAGAAUCGCUGAUGAGAGCUGCGCAGCGAUUGCAGAAGAGUCUUUUCCUAAGCUGGAGCCUGCAAUGCACGGCUAAUUGUUCCCAAAGAAAAUUCUUGCCUUGUCCAGACAGCUCCUGUCAUGUGACAGUGUAUCUAAGGCCCAGGGGGAGGAUCCAGUGAGGAUAAUUUACGUUCAGGUGAGUAAGGAAGACUUUUGUAGUUAGUUGUAGCUUUUAUGGUGAAGGGAACUGUUGACAAAUGUUCCCUUUUGCAGGGCAGAUAGUAGGUUUUGUAACGUUUAUUGAAACAUGCUCUGCACCACACUCUCCCCCAACCCCCCCAAAAAACAAACCAACGAACAAGCCCAACAAACUUAAUCAUUGAAAGUUUCCUUACCUCAUGCUGAAAACUAGGCUUGAUAGUUACGUAAAGAUUUUUGUCUGUUACAGCGGUUUAGGUUUGUGAAGCCAGUUUUUAAAUCGUGUUUAGAAAUUUUUCGAAAAGUCAGAUAUCCUGAUGCCAUAUAACUGGUAUUUUUAGUGGCUCUGUGUUUAAACUGAUUUCAUUGUACCAAUAUAAAUAUCUCAUCCACUCUAAAUGUUUAUCUCUGAUCCUUCUGUGCUUGCAACAGGCUUUCAAACUUGUUAGUAUAUGCACUGUGCAUCCCUGUUAAUGUUGUCAAUGGACAGUUUGGUUCAGUCAGGUAACAAGAAAUUGUUCAAAUCAUUUGCUCCUGAUUUGAAAAGUCUGACUCGGAUUCUUGUUUUCAUAAAAGACUGAGUAUGACAAUCAGAACACCGAACUAAUUCCAACAACACAUUUUAAAGAGAAUGGUAAACAACAGAACAGUGCCUAUGUGUUGUGUGCUGAAUUGGCCCUGUGUAAUUCAUAUUGCUUUAAAAGAAUUCACAGAGAUUUGCAUCUAAUUGUAUGUGCUUGGGGAAAAAAAUGUUAAAUGUACGAAACAGUAAUGAUAAAUAAGUCGCUGAAGGGAUGUUAUCUUUCAAGAAAGCAAACUUAAACCGCAAUAUUUUGGAGUAUGUUAAAAAUCCAUUUCAGGCAAAAAAUGUGUAAGCAGUAAUUUAACCUAGAACUGGAUAUUAAGGAAGCUGCUAUUUAUGGAUACAUGAUGGUAAUUUUGCCUGUUGGGUGUCUUGUCUCAUACAGAGUUUAGGAAGAUAAGGUUGCUGUGAUUUCCGCUAUUGUAACAUUCCUCUUCGAAUAUUUUAAGUCUGGCCGAGAGACUGAAAGCUUAGAGGCCAGUACUGUGUUCACAGGGUGCUCGGCUUUGGGAGAAGAUAGGAAGAAAAGGACUUUUUUUUUUAAAGUCUGCACAAUUGUAUAUAUGCAUAUUUAAGAGUAUUUAACCAUGUCUGCUAAAUUACUGAAGUGAAUCUAUUGUUGAAUUCUAGAAUAUUAUUUAAUACAUCAGCAUUGUUUUUUCCUGACCUGACCCAGAAUUGGACUCCAAUAUAAUUUUUUAAAAGCAUUUCUUAAGCUGUAUGUAUUAUAAACUAAUAAAAGAAUUGUUAACCUA